CAAAUAUAUAUAUAUAAAGACGCAAUUGAAAGAGGUAGCUAGAUACAUAUGGAGUGGAGGACAUGUUAUCUGGAUAUGACACUGAUACCUUUGGGGUUACUCAUAAACAUUGGCUACCAUGUUUGGUUAUGUUAUAAGGUCAGGACACAGGCUUCCUUAACCAUCUUCGGAAUAGAUGCCGAUGGCCGGUGUUCGUGGGUUCCUGCCAUGAUCAAGGAUAUUGAAAAGAAUAACAUUGUAGCUAUCCAAAAUAUUCGGAACAUGAUCAUGGGAUCAAUCUUUAUGGCCAGCACAAGCAUCCUUCUCUGCUGUGGCCUUGGAGCAAUGAUAAGCAGCACCUACAGUGUGAAGAAGCCUCUCAUUGACUCAAUUUAUGGAGCACACGGGGAAUUUGUAUUGGCACUAAAAUAUGCAACCCUCUUUACAAUAUUCUUAUUCUCAUUUCUCUUUCACUCUCUCUCAGUUAGGUUUCUCACCCAGUUAAGCAUUCUCAUUUGCACACCACAAGAUGCCAUCAUGACCUUGGUUACCCCAGAGUAUUUGACUGAGCUAUUAAGAAAGGCCACUUUUUUGAAUAUUGUGGGAAACAGGAUUUUACACACAGGACUUGCCCUUCUCCUUUGGAUCUGUGGACCAGUGAUGGCAUUCUUGUGUUCAGUUGCCAUGUUGUUGGUGCUUCAUAAGCUGGACUUUGUGGCUAGAAAAGAAAAGAUAAAGGUUGGAAUUACCGAAGAAAGUGGCACACAGCCUGAGAUUUGAACUAGAGUUUCAAGUUUGACAUGAAAAUGCAUUGAAUUAUACUUUUGCAAAUACCUCAAUUCAUUUGUAGAUUUAAUGAUCAGAAUUUUAUUUAGGUUUU